CUCAAUAAUGCAGCUCAUUAGAACCAACUAUUGAAUUGUAAUACAAUUCCUGACUCCAGUCGUAGUGACUUUCAGUUAAAUAACAUCUACAACUCUAAUUAGACAUAAUUAUUUUCUUAUAACAUAAAGUAUACAUUCAUUUACUGGUUUACCGUGAUCAUUUUCAAGAAAAAUAAAAUAAAUCUACCUACUUAACGUAUUAUUGUCAACAAAGUGUGAGAGGCAAGUUAUUAGACUCAGUUGGCGAGUAAUAAAGCUCUGCUCAUUACAACUAACCAUCUUCACUGUCAUUAUUGUUCGAAAUGAAUCGAUUUUUGCAUUAAAACAAAAACAGUAUUUCUGCUCAUCCUCAAUCAUACAGGUGUAAUUCAAAAUUAAUUAACACAGCAAUGAGGUUUACGUAACGUUCGUUCCCAAUAAAUAAAAAUCACAAAAAUAGUGCUUUAAUUAGAAAAUAAGCUAUUGAUUUGCGUUACGUAACGCAACCACGUCAAAAAUGUUAUGAAAUUAGUGACUGCUUUUAGCAAAAAUAGACAAAGCAACUCCCAUUAUACUAUUUUUUACUAAUUUACAUGGAAAAAAACACACAAGGUAACAGUAAAAUUCACUCCACGUAACACAAUUAGCAAGCUGAGACUUUUACUCAAUAAAAUUGAAUAUUUAUUAUUAUUACACUGUGCAGGACACAACAUCAAAUUUCAGCAAUUAAUAGCUUGUCGAACAAGGCGAAGCGUGUAAAACGCUAAUUUGUGUAACUGCCACAUUAGCAUUUAAAAACUUGUGCAAAUCAACAAUUGUUUAUCGGUUCUUCGAGUGGGCGUAUAAUUAAACCGUUAAUUGGUGAAUAGUUACAAAUUGUUGGAAGCCACCUAAUAAUUUUUGUGAGACAAUCAUUCUGGUCAAUUAGGGCGUUUGCAGUAAAUAAUUUCUCUCCGAUUAGCCCGAGUUAUUUUUUCCAGGAAGGGUUGGAUUCCUUACCUGUAUCUACAAUCGUUUAAAUGCACCUCAAGCCAACAGGCGAUGAUAUAAUACCGAGAAGCAGGACAUUUAAAUUAUGCCUUGUCUUAUUAUUCCAUCCCGAGCUUUGAUUUAUUUUUAUACUUCCACAUUCUUAAUGACAUGACGCGAUAAAUCGUGUGAAAAUUGUCAAUUUUCCCAUCGCGAGCGGAAAAAGCGGUGAAUUUCUCUGUGUUGUUCACAGCGAGGCAGAGACUUGGCCUUGCUGGAUUUUUACCACAGACCCACGGACACGUUAAAGCGAACCGGAGUUUUGAAACGGUAACUGCACAGUUGCAUUAAUAGGUAUUGUGAGCGUCUGCUGCGGAAAAAUGGGCCUGUUUUAGUGCAAAAACUAUGUGAUUGUUUCACCUUUCCGAGCCACAGUACAAAUUUAAGUUCCUAAGUACGAUGGGUAAAUGGAUCUUCGCAAUGACCAGUAUUAUCAUUUUUAAAGUAGGGCUAAGUCUGGACUCGGCAAAGUCCUGCCGGAAACGGACGAGUCCUUUAGGGGGCGAGGAGCUGAUUUGUUCCAACGCUUCGACCUCACUUUUGAGAAACAACGACUUUAUUUUGAGCAAAACGCAUUGGUUCACUUGCGAGAACUGUACCUUGAACACGCUAGACGGUACCACGUUCAAUUUCACCAAAAACAGUAUUAAUUAUUUGUACCUAAUUUCGUCCCAAAUUGUUACAAUAAAAGGGCACGCCUUUGUCAAAAUGAAAUUUUUGAAAAUUGUCAAUUUGCGGAACAAUUCAAUCAGCGACUUGGACCCUGAAAGCUUCACGAACUUGACCCGCGUGACACAAGUCGAUUUGAGUCACAACAGUCUCAGGAUUUUAACAAAUAACUUAUUCAGCGAGUUGGCAAAUUUGGAUUUGUUGAAUCUGAACCACAACACGGUUUUCUACAUCCAGCCGGACGCUUUCAAGGGUUUGUCGAAUUUGCGGCACUUGUACCUCAGCCAUAACCGCCUUGAGCGGCUGGAAGGCUACGUUUUCAAGUAUUUGCCAAAUCUCCUGUUGCUCUAUUUGGAGCACAAUCGCAUUAUUUCGAUCGAUUCGUUCGCGUUUGCAAAUUUGAGCAAUUUAAACGCGCUCUAUUUGAACAACAACAGCAUCAACUUCCUGACGCAGUACAACUUCAAGCCUUUAAAUAGCCUGGUGGACUUGCAGUUGAGGCGCAACAACCUUGUGGAGGUCCAAACUAGCGCGUUUAACGGCCUGACUAAUCUCAAGCAUUUGUAUCUCGGGAACAAUCGGCUGAGAACCGUAAAGCGUUACGGUUUCGUUGGCCUGGACAAUCUCCAAAAUCUGGACCUGAUCGGCAACGAUCUCAAGCAUUUCGAUUUGAGCCACGUCGAGAGUUUGAGAAAACUGAACAUGCUGUGGCUGGAGCAGAACCGACUGACGAAUUUGAGCAUCGACGUUAAACUGGAGCCUUUAAAUUCCUUGUAUAGUUUGGGAAUAAACGACAAUAAUCUGACCGUUUUGAACUACAAGUUGCUGUAUAACAAGAUGCCGAACAUUCGGGACAUUUUUAUUUAUAAUAAUAGCUGGAACUGCGAGCUGCUGAUUAGCAUGCAGCAGUUUUUUCAAGAGCUGAAUGUCAGCUUGUGCAUGAGCUUUGAUUGCAAUCCGGAGAAAAAUAAACACGUUCUUGAAGCGUCUUCGUGUGAUGUGCGACUCAAGGAGGAGGAGAGUGAUGAGGAUUUCGAUGCCGAUUUUGUGGCGGAGGCGGGGACUUGUUGUAGGUUUAGUGUGAUUUUAGUUUUAGUUAAUUUACAAAUGUUAGUGUUUGUGUGAAUUGCACUGUUAGGUUUUAACUACCAGCUACCUCAUGUUGUCAAAGCUUUAUUUGUAAAUAAAAUAUUUACGACA